UGUAGAGUAUUAAUUUUCGGGACUUCUGAAGUAAAGAAGAUUAUUAUUGUCUAUUAUUUUAUUUGCGAGAAGUUUCGAUAAGGAGUUACUUAAUUUAUUAUUCAAACAGUCUUUAAGCGCUAAAAUGACUUUGUGAUGAUCGAGUUUGGUUUAAGAUCAUUUCAAUGUAAGUAGUGGAUUCCAGUGUUCGAGGAAAAAGAAGGAUAAUAAAUUGUCCAGUCAUGACUAAUGGCAGAAAAAAUCAACUCUACAUCCCCCCUUCCCCCCUUUCUUCCCUCUACUAAAAGAUCUACAGCUGAGUUGGGUGUCUUGAACGAGAAACUCCAAGCUCAGCUCAGAGGCGAUUGUAAAAAGGAAAUCUACACCCAAAACACAAUACGUGAAAAGGAAAUAGCAAUUGUUGAAUACUUGUCGGCAUUGAAAAAGUUAAAGGUUGAUGCUAUAACUCCAGAGUCUGAUGUGUAUGUCACUCCUGAAACUUCCCCUACCAAUGCUAGCUACAAGUUUGGACAUGCUCGCUGUGUUUCAGACAGUGGUUUGAGUUCUCUAGCUGUUUCGGAUAAUAAGUAUUUGCCCUCGCCUCUGUACUAUUCAUUAGUCACCGUCGAUGAGGUCUACGGACCGGAAUCCGGUGAUAUUUUGGAAAAGGAACUAGCCGAACAAGAUCAGCUUUUUAAGUCUUUCAAGUCCAUUAUCUCUAAGGAAUCAAAAUCCCCGAAGAGUAAACCAUUCACUUUACAUUCCCCACUGCAUAGAACUUCGCAGAAAUUGCCUAAAAAUUGUUCAGGUAUCAUAAGUCCGAAAGGUUUGGAGCUCAAGUUGAAUGUCAAAGCGAAUGGAAGGGAUAAAAUAAAGCAUUUUACCACCAGUAGAAUCUUUAAAGAAUCAGAUGGUUUUGGUGAGAGAAAUGUGAAAGACAGAUUUAGAGGUGAUGUUUGUGAUGGCAACCUCAUUGACAUCUCAGUAAUGAACAAGGCUAAGGCAGAAAUUGACGAGACAAUGGAGGCGGAAAGUAUCGGUCCCGACUCGUGUUUGGAACCUGCCUCUUCCGGCUAUGUGACCGCAAGCAGCCCGAAAGAUCAUACCAAUUCAGAAAACUAUGGAGGUGAUUUAACAGAAAUUGCGACAAGUGAAGACAUACCUCAUGAUAAUGAUCAAUCUGCGAGGUCAUCAUCCAUGUCAUCUGAUGCUGGGACUUGGGAUUCUACUUUCCCGGCUGCCAUUGACAAAGAGGAUGACAAUUUUGCAAGGAAAAGGGCUGUGGAACUUGAUGAUUAUUCAAGUGCUCUUGUCUCUCUUGGCGACAAAGCUGUAACACCUAAAGCAAGCUUAACUAGUGUAAAUCUGCUUCCGAAAUCUGAUUGCCCUUUAGAUUAUAACUUGGGAAGUGUAAACAACCAAUUUAACUUGAACGAACAGUAUUACAAUACAAACGAACAAGAGAAUCUUCUGGGUAGUGAUGAGAGUACUGUCAUGGACUCUUCCUUAACUGACUUAUCUGCCUUAGAUAACAAAGAUGGCAAACUAAUAGGAGUCAAGACCAACUGUUUCAUCGAUGCUGCAAGUUUAUUGGAUGAAAACGAAAUAUCGCCCGCUCCAUCAAAUCCGGUUUCCUUAAAUGGUUAUGAAAACCCAGAUUAUAAUCAUAAGUCCUCUUGGUCAGGUUCCGAAGUGGACGAGUAUCAGUCUAAUGACGUUAAAACUAUUAACUAUUGUGAAACAAAUAAAUUGGAAAGUGAAAAUAAUGCAGCAAAAGAAGAGAAAUCCAACUAUGACAGCGAUUUUGAAAGAAGGCGUGCUAGUAUUAUUCGGCGAAACACUUUUGAACUUGAAUUAGACGAUGAAAGGCUUGCAGUUCUAAGAAACGAAUGUGAAAAACAUAAAGAUAAAUCUAAGAAAAGUGUAAGUGAAGGAAACACAAAUUGCAUAACUCCAGGCGAAACUGCAACAUUCUCCAUUGGUACUGAAGCUACAGUGAACAUAGUCGAUAUUACUAAGCACACUCCAAAGUCACUCCCAUCUCAACUAAAUUGUUUUGAUUCUAGAAAAUGUGAAGAUGAAUUACACUCACCAGAUUCACUCAAUAACGAUGGACCUUUAGAAAACGUGUUCAGUAAUUGUUCUAAACAAGAUUACAAUCAUUACUCACUGCCGUUUGAAAUUAACACUCAAAUAAUUGAACCAGAAAUUGUAACUGAAGUUGGAAACGGUUCAUUGACUCACCAUGUGAACCAAGUGGAUGACACUUCCCUAUCAAAUGGGUUUGAAAAUGUGACAAGUCCAUACAAGAACUGUGUAGAGCAUAUCCAAAACAAGAUAGAAUCUACUCCUAUAAUAUCAGGCGGUGUAUCAUUGAAAGAUCUGUCAUCACCUGAAAAACCUUAUUUCAGUCCUCUUAUGAACCGGAGGAAGACAGAACUAGCACCCAUAGUAUCUGGAGGAUCAGUUAUAGAUACUGAAACAGAAAAAGAGCUUAAACCUAGAGCAAGUCCUCCUGUUGCUUUAUCAGAGUCUUGGAUCGUUGAUAUGAGUUCAGAUAAAACUUCACCAGGAAUGAAAAAGAAGCAUCUUAGUGACUCAGUAUCGAGUUUAAAUUCAGAGAAUGCAGAUAAGGUUACUAAAAUGAAUUCUUCAUUGGGGUUCUUCAUUUCUCUUGAUGACAAAGUAAAUAAAACCCCUAGUACCAGUAGCAGCAGGUGCUCCAAUUACAACACAAGCAAACAGAGUGACAUUGAUAAAACAACAUGCGGGGCAGAACUGGUGUCAGGUAAUGGCAGCUUCAGUGGAAAUAGUUCAUCUUGUGGGUUUUUUGUUGACUUCAACAGUCCUGCUGUAGAUAACAAAGUCGUAGAAAAGGAGUCUGCUGCUCCAGACAAGAAACUAUUUUCCAUGUUUAUUGACAUAAGUGAAACCGGAGAAAGUGAUGGCAAUUCCAAAACAAACUCUCCCCAUGUUUUCAAGAAGAGAAAUCAUAGGAGGACAUUUUCAGGUGUGUUUCCGAAAUGCGAUGCUAGAAGUAGAUCGACAGAAAUCAGUUCAGAAUCGAGUCUAGAAAUGACAGAACCCUCUGAUGCUACAAGAGAAAGGAUGUCUUUAGAAAAGGAAUUGCAUGUUUCGAGGAGAUCUAGUAGUCAAGGAAAGUCAGAAGAGAAAAAUAAGAAACAAAACACUCAUGCUAGUAUUGAGUCAGAGCCAUCUCCUGUUCCUCAUCGGAAGUCUUUACCCUCAGGGUUACAACCAACCUCACAAAGACACUCCUGGAAUUUUGAUUCUCACAAUGUAAACAUCUCUGCAGCUCCGAGUGAAGAAACGUCAAUAAAAGUACACAAGAGAUCACACAGUGUCUCUGUAAAUAAAUCUCUGGAAGUGAUGUUCAACGUUGAGCAUGACGAAACCAAACCUUCCAGUGUAUCUUCAGUUAAAGCUUCUACAAGCAACUCAACAGGUUAUGAGUCGGGGCCAUCCUCAAUUGAUGAUACUGUCUCGAGAUCUUUCAACAAUAGAAGUAUGAUGGCUUCCUGGCAUGGGUCGAUAAAACCAAGUGCCGAACUACAAAAAGUCAUUGCUAAAAGCGAAUGGAAGGACAAACCUCACAAACUCAAGAGCCCUCUGGAUUCCAAAUCCGACAUAGUAGAUAUCUGUGAAUCAUUUGACAAGAUCGAUGAAGUAGCUUCCAUUACCAGAAGUGAUGAUUUCAGCAACGCCUCAAAUGAAUCUAGCAACACUGGGAUCAACAAUUCUACGUUUAUUAUCAGCGACGUUUCAAAUGUAGCUAAUGCUACCAGUGAAGACUUGGAGCUGACCACACCUACUACAGAUGUCAUCAGUCAAUUGUCCAAAGACGACAGUGACAAGACUGGAGACUUUGAUGAUAUCAGCGAGAAGAAGUCCGGUGAUAUUCCUAGGACACCGGAUCACAGUAUUUCCCAAACCGAACUACCCCCACUAGAAAACAGUUUCAGCUUUGUUAAACUAUCGGAUAUGGAUAAAGAACCGAACAAGGUUCCUUUAGAAGGGAAGAGCAUUCCGAACAGGAUGACUAGAAGUAUUCCAGAAGCUUCUUGGAUAGAAAGUAAGAUGAUGACAAGAAGUGCCACAAGUCGAUCCUUGAGUCGAUUAUUCCCUCACUUGAACACAUCAACUCGUAACUUGACACCAGAGUCUGUAGAACAAGAUACCGGUACUGACUUUUCAGAGAUCAGUAGCAUGCAAAGCAGCAUGGAUCCUUCAGCACUAGAAGGUAGCACUGAAGAGACUUCAGCAUCCUCAUGUGGAGGUCCUGUAUCCCGGUUAGGAGAGGAUCUGCUCCGGAUGUUCCUGGAAGAGAUCAGUCCGGACGUGACUCUGGAAGUCUCCGGAAGACGGAUCAAGGCUCACAAGUGUAUACUGAGCUCCAGAUGUCAAUACUUUGCAGCCAUUCUGAGCGGUGGCUGGGUGGAGAGUGCGGGAAACGUUAUUUCCCUUCAAGGGUUUUCCUACAGUGCUGUCCACUUUGCCUUGUGUCACAUAUACAGUGGUGCCAGCAACAUUCCUGACUCUAUCAACAUUGUAGAACUGGCAACACUGGCUGACAUGCUGUGUCUCGAAGGGCUCAAGGAAGUGAUUAUGUACACGCUCAAAGUUAAAUACUGCCAUUUUUUCCACAAGCCAUGCCCGAUGUGCACUGUGGGUGUGUUGGAAUGUUUGCCGCUUGCUGCUGCGUACGGCCUGGAUGAGAUUUACCGCAAAAGUCUACGCUGGAUCACCAAACACUUUGUUAGAGUCUGGCCCACCAAAGGAUUUGCGACCCUGCCCCGGGAACUGCUUGACAAGUGCUACAAACAGCACAUCGUUCAUAUGACUGUGGACAAUGUGCUGGAGACCAUUCUAUGCUGCAGUAAGCUGCAAGGGCUGAUCCCCAACGUGAGGUGGGCAGAGCCGGUGUUGGCUCUCACCAACAAGCUGUACGAUGCUUGCGUCAAGUUCACAGCUCAGCACUUCUGCGAUAUCCUCUCCAGUGACAUGUUCAUGUCAUGUGGUAGAGAACAGCUGUGGACAAUGUCCAGACUAGAGGAAGUGCUGCUGUCUGCCGCUGAGAAGCUACCUCCAGAUCAAGCGUGCAAAUGUUACUCCCACCUCUACAAGCUUUUGAAUCUGGUUGAUUCUCCGCAGGCACCAGUAGAACUGAAACUUAAUGAAGGGUUUGUAGAGUUUCUGCACGUUCUACAGACAACGGUGGAGGGUAGUCUGUUGAAGCAAGCAGCCCGAGCAUCACGCACGCCCGCGUGGACACUGAUGGAGCCACAACUGAGGCACAAGAUACAGGAUGCUGCUUGUCUCGUCAUUGUGCCUGGAGAUGACAGACGACGGGCUCGGCAUCUCAAUAAGAGAGCCGAGAGUUCCAGUAACAGCAAGCAGUCAGCUGAUCUAUUAAAGCCAGCGGCCGUUGGUGAAACAGCAACCAAGAAGAAUCCCCAGUCAUCACGGUCUGUACCCAGUGUAAAGCCGAAGACACCACAGCCAGCUGUGAAAUCAGAGAGCACUGGGCCUCGCCCGAAAACAUGGCCUUAUAAAAUAUCUGAGGUAAAAUCCAGAUACCUCGAACCAAAGCAAACGCCGAAACAAUCGCCAGCAUUAGCGGCUAACAAGACAGACAAGCCGACGCUGACUCCAACUGCAAGGAGAAACGUAAGUAAGUCUAUCAUCUCAUCUUCGGACUCCUCGAGAACAUCUUCACCAGCCAUGAGACGCUCCUUGCCUCAGCGGCCGUCUCGCAAUGUGACCAAGAAGGACGACAAUCUCACAAUGUCCACCGACUCCCUGGCAGAUCCUAACUCUGCAUCUAGUGCCGGCUCCAAGAAGAAAGCCGACCCAGCUGUCAAAACACAAGCUAUCUCACGAAUAGACUUUAUCGAGAAAAACGUUCGCUCUCUCUCGCUUAAGUCUUCAAAGGUGGGGACUUCUGCAAAUCGUGUUGCUUCGAGCGAUUCUAAAGGAAGGUUCCCACAAGUAAAGAUCGAAAAUGACAAACCAAAGUACUCUCCUGUCGCUGUGAGUAAGAAAGGCAGUAGUCAAAGUUCCCCUCAUGUGAAGGACUCGCCAGUCUCGCUGAAUAAAGGAACGGUGAAUUCAACACCGUCGCCAUCGGUUCGGCGAAGCGUUCUGUCUCUCAAAGAGAAGUCUAGUGUGACCGCAGAAACAAAGUCUACUAUGUUGAAAAGAAACGCGACGUAUCGAGUGCAAGCAAAGUCGUCGAGUCCUGUGAAGGGAGCAAAUACGAAGCAAAAGGAAAUCUUGUCUGUAGUAGCUGCUUCACCAAAUACAAAAGGGAAUAUUAAUAAAUUACAAACAAAAGUAAACAGCUCGAAGAAGUCCGGGAUGAACAAUAACAAUGCAGGUUACAACAAGACUGAAGCUCCGCCUCGGCCCAUGGUAGGGUCCAGGUCGGGAACUUUUCUGAAGGAUGAACCGACUGUUCUUAAAAAGCCGCAGGUAGCAAAUGUGUCAGAAUGAAUGUGGUUAGUAUUAAAAUUAUCUUUAUCAAGUUUAUCGCUAGUCAGUGUGCCAUUGGAGGCUUGAAUUAUUUUCAUUAGCUGUAGAAUACUUUAAAAUAUUUGUAGUGCAGUAUAACGCUGUGUAGGUAUCCACAAUUCAUCACUUUGGUCCAGUAUUAUUAUCUUCGUUUGGAAAAAAAUGAUCGUGUUUCAGGUUUCAGUAAAUCUUAAAAUCGUGAAACUUCAUUUAGUUUUCAUUUAUCGUAAACACUUUAGGCAAUAUUGAAGCAACAGCCAUACACUACAAAGUUACCAAAGAUUUUUGUGUUUAAUGUUUUUGUUAUUUGUUUCACGUUACUAGAAUAUAAUUUAAAAUUGUUGUUUUUGUAUUAUUUAUUAUAUUUUGUACAUUAUUGAUGAUAAGUAAGAUGAGUAUUGUGAGAUGUAAGAUCAUUAUGUGUUUUGUUUCUAGGCGUUAAACCAUAAAUGGGUAAAUAAAGGUGGAAUGUGAAUAUUAUGUAUAUUAAGAAAGAUGUAUUAAUGCUUUGAAACUUUAAAAAAUAAAUUGCCUGAACUGUUCUUGCCUGUUGCGAUUGGUUGUAACUUAUUUUGGCAGGUAAAGGUUCAAAUUAGAUGAAUUCAGUAAUUAUGUCUUGUGCAAUAUUUACUUUUCCAAGAAUUAAUUUUUCCGCCCAAUGAAAAUGGUUGUAUUUUUAAAAUCAAACAGUUAUGCUCCUUCAACAUUUUAAACUAAUUACAUUUUACUCUGUUUGUUUACAUACAUUUCAAAUAGAAACAAACUUUUACUGUUUUCUUAUACUUGCAUAAAUGUUUACAAAAUCACAAGUUGUAGCUAUCCAUGGUGACAAUGAGACUUUUACUAUUUUUAUUAAGAUGCACUAUAUUCAAAACAGCUUCGGGGAAACCAUAACCGUUUGUUUCUUUCGGUUUUACAAACUAAUCGCAGCUUCACGUUUUGUCACCCUGAUUAAUAUUUUUUAAUGUGUUUUUGCUCAAGUAUAAAAUUAAUUUUACAUUUCCUUUUGUCUUCAUUUUGACUGGUACGGAUUGAUUUUUCAAAUUACUAAUACUCUAAAUUACUUAAAGUCUCAAUUGAACAGAAAUACCUAAAGUUGAAAUGUAAAAAUCGUCACUGAAUUUUAGUAGAAUUUCAAAACACAAACUUACUAGUAAUUGUUUUUUUAAAUCCAUUUGGUAGACGGAAGUUUUUUUUUAGGAAUGGAGUUAAGCUUGCUUUUAACUGAAAAAAUAUAACGUCCAGCGGUUUAUUGAAGUGCAAAAAAGGACACAUAACAUACUGAUAUUUUUUCCUACCUUCUAGUGUCAGACUCAUAAAAUAGUAUAUUUUAUAUAUUUAAUCAAUCAUCUUAUUAAACACAUCAACAACAAUUAACAACAAUACACUCUCAGACUUGGACACAAUGUUAUGUCCUAUGAUCAGUAAAUCAUUCUGUUUAAGAUUCAGACAGGAGUAUAAAAGGCAUUAAGUAUGAAAAUAAUAGUACUCAGUAAUCAUUGGCUCUGUUGAGCGCAUUUGCAAAAAUGUCCAGUUUUUAAGAGAGAGAAAAAAACAACUUAACAACAAAAUACACAACUGUAUUUUAAAGGAUACAGCAACUUGUGUUAAACUACCAAGCCAAAGAAAUUGUUCUUUCAAGUUUUGUCAUUGUUAGAAUGAAAAAAAUAGGUUGAUAUAAUAUUUUUUACUAAUUUUGCGAUCAAAUAAAUAUGUGUAUAAAUAUGAACAAAUUAUGGUAAUUUUCUAAAUUUGAAAUUUCUCCUCAGGCCUAUAUGUCUUUAUCAGUGCUUGUAAGUAACUUGUUAGCUCAGAAUUCUAGUUCCUAUUUUAUCAUCAAAAUUGUGAAAGUGUUGAAAAAUAACACGAUGAAUAAGUUAUUAAUUGCUAUUAGGCUAAACAAAACGUUUUCCGAAUUUUCUUAUAGUUCUUGCCUACAUGCAACAGUAGCAUAGAAGUUUAAGGGGAUUUUUUUUAUUUGAGCUGAUCCAACCAUUGACGAUAUGGAUGAAAUGGUUUUACAGAAAUUUGUUUUUUUUUAUCAAUUUCAAUUUUUUUAAAUCUUGUCUGUUCAACUUCACUAGUGCUUUAAUAUGAACAAUAUAGUGAGGCUUUUAGUUGAAUAGUUUUGUGUAAAAAAGUGUUGUGAUUUCGUAUAUAUAUAAUAUUUUUUCUAAUCUGAUCAUUUAUCAAUUCACACACCCAAUCCCUUAUUAUAUUAUACAAUUUAAAACCCACUCGUUAGGCCCCGUCCUAGCUGAAAGGCAAGAGUGACGUGACCGACAGAUACAAACACAUGGUAAGUAAUGGGAGUGUCCUAGCUAUGCAGCAAGAGCGGCUUACAUGUGCUACAAGCGCUUCAAGAUACAAACAUGUUUAUAUUUGGUAGCGUUACACCGGGGACGCAACAAAGCGUCAUCUACCACAGCUGCCUCAGCCUGUGCCGUGUCGCCUUGUUGCAGUUGUCGCGCCCCUCAGUGUGGACACACAUUCUGUCGCCGACAGCAGCGAUUGUUGGUCACGUCGCUUUUGCCAUCCAGCUAGGACGGGGCCUUAUACUACGAAUUGAGCUGCUUUACCAAAAAGUCUUGACUAUUACUUUUUAUUAUUUUAUUGUGAUAUUAUUUUUGUGAUUAAUUUGUGCAUUUUCUAUAGCUAUAAUAAUACAGAUAGUAGGUUUUCACUGUGUUUAAAGUAUUUUACUAGUCACCUAUCCUUUAUCAUAACAUUCCUCUAUCUUUAUUACUUGGACUGAUAUGUACUUAAUGUAUUUUAUGUUGCGUUUAUAUUAAGCUACAUUUUUAUAUUUGUUAAAUAAUUUCUGAAUGUCUUUAAAUUUUGUACAGGAUUUGUAAAUAAUCUUGCUUUAUAAAUAAAAGAGUUAUCGUUCA